CUCAAAUGUAUGAAAACAUAUUUGGUUAGUUCUCCUGGCAAAUCUAUUCAAAAUUUGAACGGUUCAUUUUUUAAACUACCUGGCCUGGGGAUUUUGUGUGUGUUUGUGAGUUUUGUAUAUUUUUUGGAAGCUAUGAGCAGCAGCUAGAAAGUGUUCGCAAAAAAAAAAGAAGCGCGGACAAGUUUAAAAGAAUCUCAUAUUAUGGCAACUAUUAACGAUGUCAGUGAGGAUGCUAAUUCACUCAGUCGACACGAGUGUCUGAAUGCUUGUACUGCUGCUGCUGCUGAUACUGAUGAUGAUGAUGAAGAUGAGCGACGAACAAUGAGACCAACGGAUAGUUAUGAAGACAUUUGUCAAACAUAUAGGACAAAUAAAAGUUCAGAUGAAUUAGUUAAACCAACAAUAUCCGUAUCUACCAUUAAAAUGGAAGACAAUCCAUCAAGCUCAUCCUCUAUACCUGCAGCAUCAGCCACUGCUUCCAUCAUGCCUCCCGUUGAGAUUGAAAAUUGCCGUCCGAGCUGCAGUGCCAAAACGAACCCAGAUGAUGAAUAUAAUGAAUUCUUGAAAUGCAUGAAUUCGCGCUACUCACAAUAUCAGUUCGUUGCCGAACCAAUUAGUGGAUAUCAAAGUCAAAAUAUGGAUUUUUGCGAUUACAAUAAAUACUACGGGUAUGGGCCAAAUUCAGGUUGUGAGUCAAAUGUUUAUGGCCAGCAGAAUCAAAUGGAUGGCACAAGUUACUAUGGUGGCUAUGCACAACAGGCAGCUGGAGCUAUGCCCCAAAAUACCAGCUGUUAUAGUUAUUCCUUAGCCUCAAUUCAACAGCAACAGCAACAGCAACAACACCAGCAACAGCAGCAACACCAGCCUCAGCAACAUUCAUCGCCUGAAAAUGGCAUGUAUACGUAUAUGCAAUCGCAUUCUAUGCCCAUGACUCAAACGCAUGAAAAAGAGUCAACAACUAGUCCAAAUGGUCCCACUAUGACAUCGACGCCAACACAGAGCUAUGGCAACGAUUCAUGCUGUUGUUUCCCAAGACGUGCAGAACGACAAAUUGGUCAGGAAUGUGGACAAGAACAUGGACAAAGUCAAGGUAUGCCAAUGGGCAUGGGCAUGGGCGGCAUGGGCAUGGCUGGUGGUAGUGGUGGCGUUCCCAUGUAUUAUCCUGCAACAGGUGGUGCAGCAGCAGCUAACACUGGAAUGUAUGCCAUGAAUAUGAAUGGCGGAGCAUCAGCUUUAAAUAUGACAGCACGGCAGCAAAGUGUUGCUGGUCCUAGCGGGGGCUUUCCAUCAAUGGCCAUGGGCCAUGGCUUUCCAGGUGAUGUCGAAAGUUUUAUGAGUAAAUUUAAUCAAUCCGCUGCUCAGCAAUGUUUUCCUCAUGGCAUGAGCAUGCCCAUGCCCAUGCCCAUGCCAAUGCCAAUGCCCUUCUCCAUGCCCAUGCAAAUGCCAUUUUUUCCCAUGAAUGAUGCCAUCAAUAGUGUCAACAGUAGUGGCAAUCAAAUGAGUUCCUGGGGUCAAUUGCAGGCUCAUGGUCUGGGUCAGGGCUUUGCCAAUGAUACACUGCAAACACAAACGGUUUAUGCCUCUGAUUAUAAGCCCUUUGCCGGUAUGGGUAAUAAUUUUAAUCAUUUUCCAAAUGGUGGACCAAACGGUACCAUGGAUCUGUUAAGUUCCACGGACUCGUCUGCCUCAUAUGGCGGCGGUGUUGGUGGUGGUGGCAGUGGGCCAAGUACUCUAGCUGAAUUAUACGGAGGUGGUGGCGGCGGCGGCGGCGGCAUGGUCAGCGGUGUUGGUCAGGCAAUCUAUGGAAUGAGUGAUCAAUUGCAAGGCUAUCCCUUAAGUCAAUUGUCCGCAAUGCCCCCAGCAAUGGGACAAAUGUCAGCAAUGAGCUACUCAUCAUAUCCAUAUGCUGCUAACUGUGAUGGCUUGCCUGGCAUGGCAUCAAAUGGCGGCGAGUCCUAUAUGCAAUCCAUUGGCAUGUGUGGUGGCAUGAAUUCCAAAGCUGGCAGCUAAAUAUCUAUUUUGCUAUAUUAUUAUUGUUAUCUUUUUUUUUUUUUUUUGAAAUCUGAACCGAUAAAUUGUAAAAUCUUUUGCGCCCAACUGUGCUGAGGAGGCCAUAGCACAGUUGGUGUCUAAUGAUUAGCAACAGCUAACUACCAAAA